ACCCCCCGCGGGGAGAAGAAGCCGGCGACCCGGGCUGCGGACCCUGACAGACCUCACAACGCAACAGCCGCGCCAUGAAGGUCUACCUGAACUCGGGGAACCCCGGCGGCCUGAAGGUCGUGGCGGCCGCUGAGCUGAGCGGAGUCGGGCCCGAGUUUCAGCCCGUCAGCCUGGAGGAGCGCGUUGUACCUUUCCUGUCACAGUCAAAGCUGCCGGCUCUGCAGUUACCAACAGGAAGCUUUAUCUUUUCGACCAAUGCAAUCUGUCAGUACCUGUUUACACUCAGCGGGAAAGAGCCAAGUGAUGCUACAAAUCAGUGGCUGGAAUGGGAAGCAGCCCGACUACAGCCGGCGGUGAACGUGUGGCUGCACACGUCAGUCGUUCAGGGCAAGAAGAAUGAGCAGGCAGCGAGCGCGGUGAGCAAGCUCCUGGCUCACAUCAAUCAAAGCCUGAUCAAGACGGCAACUCCUUACCUCACCUCGGCCGCUGUAACAGUUGCUGACGUUGUCCUGUGGGGGGCGCUCUACCCCAUUCUUGUGGAUCCUACUCAUCUUUCAGAGGAGUUGCUGAUGGUGUGCGAGUGGUUUGAGCGAAUGAACAUGUUGGAUUCCUGCCGCAAAGCCUCGGAGUCGGUCCUCCAGGGAAAAGGAGUCCAGGCUUUCAAAGCUUAUUUGCAGAAGCAGCCAGUCUCCACUCUGCUUUCCGAGAAACCCGCCUCCAAUGGACAAGAGGAAGGCGAAGCUCCCGGCCAGACGUUCACCGAGGAGGAGAUCCAAGCAGCAGAGGACGCCUGGAGACAUGGAAGGGUGCAAAUGUCCAAACCCAAGCUGGUCCAGCACCCGAUUUUGCCAAAGAAGAACGAGAGGAACAUUCUGAUCACCAGCGCCCUGCCCUACGUAAAUAACGUGCCACAUCUGGGCAACAUCAUCGGUUGUGUCCUCAGUGCAGAUGUUUUUGCCAGGUAUUGCCGUAUGAGGAACUGGAACACGCUCUACAUCUGCGGGACGGACGAGUACGGCACGGCCACGGAAACCAAAGCCAUGGAGGAGGGGCUGACCCCGCAGCAGAUCUGUGACAAGUACAAUGCCAUCCACAGCCAGAUCUACCAGUGGUUCCACAUCUCCUUUGAUUACUUCGGAAGGACAACCACAGAGCAUCAGACCAGGAUCGCACAAGACAUCUUCAACCGCCUGCUGCAGAGGGACUUCCUGGUGAACGACACGGUGGAGCAGUUGCGGUGUAACCGGUGCGAGCGGUUCCUGGCCGACCGCUUCGUGGAAGGGUCGUGUCCGUUCUGUAAUUACGAGGAGGCGCGAGGCGACCAGUGCGACAAGUGUGGGAAACUGAUCAACGCCGUGGAGCUAAAGAAUCCACAGUGUAAGAUCUGCAAGGACACACCAGUCAUCAAAUCUUCCAAACAUCUGUUUAUCGACCUGCCCAAGCUGCAGGAACGGCUGGAGGAGUGGUUUGACAAAUCGGUGGCGACGGGAGACUGGACCACAAACGCUCGGCUCAUCACUCGCUCCUGGAUCCGCGACGGCCUGAAGCCGCGGUGCAUCACCCGAGACCUGAAGUGGGGCACUCCCGUGCCUCUGGAGGAGUUCAAGGACAAGGUGUUCUACGUCUGGUUUGACGCCCCAAUUGGCUAUAUAUCCAUCACCGCCGACUACACGGAGCAUUGGGAAAAAUGGUGGAAGAAUCCUGAAGAGGUGCAACUUUACAACUUCAUGGCCAAGGAUAAUGUGCCCUUCCACAGUGUGAUAUUCCCCUGCUCUCUGCUCGGAGCCGAGGAUAAUUACACGCUUGUCAACAGCCUCAUUGCAACAGAGUACCUGAAUUAUGAAGACGGUAAAUUCUCCAAGAGCCGAGGGGUCGGAGUGUUCGGGAACAUGGCGAAGGACACGGGAAUCCCCGCGGACAUCUGGCGCUUUUAUCUGCUCUUCAUCCGGCCUGAAGGGCAGGACAGCUCCUUCUCGUGGAACGACUUUUUACUGAAGAACAACUCCGAGCUGCUCAAUAACCUGGGAAACUUCAUUAAUCGAGCUGGCAUGUUUGUCACCAAGUUCUUCGACCGACUGGUGCCGGAGAUGGAGCUGAACCUGGAGGACAAGCAGCUGUUGGCACAGGUGACAUGGGAGCUGCAGCAAUACCACCAGCACCUGGAGAAAGCACGGAUACGGGACGCUCUGAAAUGCAUCCUGAACAUCUCCCGUUGCGGGAACCAAUACAUUCAGGUGAACGAACCCUGGAAACGUAUCCAAGGAAGCGAUGCCGACAAGAAGCGAGCAGGCACAGUGACUGGAAUGGCUGUGAACGUCUCAGCCCUGUUGGCUCUGAUGCUGCAGCCCUACAUGCCCACAGUGACUGUCACCAUCCAGGCUCAGUUACAGACGCCCGAGGACUACAGUGUGCUGACCACUCACUUUGUCUGCCUCCUCCCUGCUGGCCACAGGAUAGGAACUGUGAGCCCUCUGUUCCAGAAGCUAGAGACCGAGCAAAUCGAGGCCCUCAAGAAAAAAUAUGGCAGCGGCCAACAGGCAGCAGCGUCGACCAAAUCAACGGCAGCUCCAAACCAGCCAGGCCAACCCAUAGCCCCAACACAGCCAGGCCAACCCGCAACCCCUGAGCAGAUUAAGGAGAUGACCGAGGCUGUGGCAAAGCAGGGCAACUGCGUGCGAGAGCUGAAGGCACAGAAAGCCGAGAAGUUGCUGAUAGACAAGGAGGUGGCUUUGCUGCUGGCGCUGAAGAAGCAGUUGGUGGUGGCGGAGGGGAAGCCCAUUGAGACCCCCUCCUCUGGAGGGAAGAAGAAGUGAGCCCGUCUCUCAGGGCCAGUCACACUCGGUGCCUUCUUUGUGUCUCUCUCCAGCAUGUCACACAGUGACUCCUGCCUGACUUCUCUCUCGAGUCUCCUGUCCAUUCAGAGCCAGCUUCACAGAUGAAACCGACUGCCAUUGCCUUCUCCAGAGAAGAAACAACAAACCUCGACUGUUUGCCUCAUCCUCAGGGCAAAUAUCUCUUCCCCCACCCCUCUUUACCCCCCCCCCCCAAACUCUCUGGAGACAUCUGUUCCCCCCGGCAGUUGAUUGAGCCACUGUCACCUUAAGCAGAUGUAUGAUUGGCUUAAUAAAAAAUGUUAAAUUGGCCUGACAAUGUUUCAUAUGAUUGUCACCAUAAAUGAUCAGAGUGCUGCUAAUAUCACCUCUAAUUUUAGAGGAAGAGGGGUGACCUUGGUGCAGUGUUUCUGUAUCUCACGAUGUCCUGGGUGGUGGGACGGGAUUGUGGUGUAUUUAGGACGACGACAGAAAAUAUAAAAUAAAAGGAUUAUUUCCACCA